AUGGAUAAACGCACCUCGAAAGAAGACAUAUUAAAGACGGCAUUACAGCCGGGUACAAAAACUCCCUCGGAGACGAGGAAGUUUAAUCAAUUGCUACAAGCGCAAUUAAGCGAUCCUGAAAACCAGGAAAAGAAAGAUGCGCUUGAAGCCUACGAAGCAGAGCUACGCAAUACCCUAAUCGAAAGAGAAAGGCAGAAAAGAAGGGACAGAGGCGAAAAGCUAGAGUGCGAUGCUAUGGAUGAAACGAAAGGACUAGCUGGAGACGAGGAAAUGGAGUCAAACGAAGUCCAAGAUACGGAAGAGGAAACAGAAAUAGAAAGAUUGAAGAGAAUGUUAAUAGACGUGGAAAGGAAAGAACGAGAAAGAGAAAGAGAACUGGAGGAAAAGAGAAAUGAAAACGAGCUCCUCCGUACACAACUUCAAAAGAGAACCCAGGAAGUUGAAAGCUUGAAAACCAAGGUACCUCGAAAUAUUCUAAACUCUACCGCUCAUAAUGCAAAUAUUUUAAAUAACGAGCCAAAUAUUUUGGUAAUCGAUCGGGAGAAUUUAACAUUAAAUUAUGACGUUUCAAAUAAAGUGUCGGAAUCGUUAAAUAGUUUAAAAAAUACUUUAGAGAAUAAUAGAAACGCGAAUGCAAUGAAUAAUUUAAAUAGCUAUACGAGAAAAUAUACGUUAAGCGCAAAAUCUGAUAUAAUAAUUUGGCUAUAUAAAUUAAAAUCAGAGUUAGAAGCAAAAGAUCUAUUGGACAUUAUUGACCAAAGAGUAAAUGAACCGGAAAACCUUAAUGAGAAUUUAAAAGCAAAAAGAAAAUUAGCAGUGAGAAAUAUUAUAACUAGUCAUAUUGACAAUCAAUUUUAUAGACAGGUUUUAACAUUAAAAGAGCCAAGAGAAAUGCUAGAAAAAUUAAGAGAAUGUGUUAGGGUAGCCAAUAAUGUAACGCAUACUUCGGUGAGGACAAAGCUUUAUCAAAUAAAUAUGCGGAAAAAUGAGAAUUUUGGAGAUUUUUAUAAAAAGUUUGACAAUUUAAUUACUGAAUAUGAAUGUUGUGAUAAAGCUAUACCACUCACAGAUGAAGAAAAAAGAUCAGCUCUAAUACAAGCUCUUGAUAUAGCGAUACCUGAAUUAACACUACAUAGUAUCGCAUAUCUGCAAUCUAACAAAAGAGAAUUAACGUUAGCAGAAAUAAAGAGCUUUGCAUUACAGCUGGAGGCGAAGAGAAAUGCCACAGUACCACCUGCAGACGAGAAGGACAAGAAAGUCCACGUGGCACAGUACCGCACGAAAUCAACUUGCAACAGGUGCCAUAGGAACGGUCACUGGGAACCUGAUUGCGACUUACCAGAAGACAAGUGGUACUGCUACCGCUGUAGCAAAAUUCACGAGAAGGGACUUGAUUGCCGAAUGAGAAAAUGGUAUGGUCAAAAUAAUAAUGAGAACAAUAAUAUUAAUGAUGUAGAUAGAGGUCUUAGAACGUUCAGCGAUCGGUGGAAAGAGGCGAAGCUCGUUCUUAUUCCAAAAGGUAAGGGCGACCCUGGCACACCUUCGGCCUACCGACCGAUAGGCCGAAUUGUUGAGUUUACUUGA